AUGGCAGUAUCUGCACAAGCAACAGCCAGUAUUGCUUUGGAAAGUACAAACAGAGCAUUAAAAACAAGUUUGGAAGAAUCAGAGCGUGUUGUGAGUGAACGCAAUAGUACCGUCGUGUCUUUGGAAACAGAUUGCAAACAACUCCGUGAGACUGUUGAAGAGUUGCAUGCUAAACUUCGCGACGAAGAAACUGCUCGUCGAAAACUUCACAAUACAAUUCAGGAGCUUAAAGGAAAUAUCAGAGUAUUUUGUCGUGUACGUCCAACACUUGGAGCAGAAGCUUCUGAAACUACUACCAACAUCACUCCUCAUAUUACAUUUUCAGAUUCUGAUGAAGGUGCGAUUGGGCUGGUACAAUUUCAGGAAAAUGCACAAGGAAACAAGACCGUUCUCAAGACAUAUCCGUUUGAUUUUGACAAGGUGUUUCGUCCAUCUGCACAGCAGUCGGAGAUAUUCGAGGAGAUUUCUCAGCUUAUACAAUCUGCUUUGGAUGGGUAUAACGUGUGUAUAUUUGCAUAUGGUCAAACUGGAAGUGGUAAAACAUUUACUGGGCCAGAAGAUCCCAAUAUUGGCAUGAUUCCUCGAGCUGUUGAGCAGAUAUUCCAAAGUGCAGAGAAUUUAGUAGCCAAAGGAUGGCAAUACACCAUGGAGGCACAGUUUAUUGAGAUAUAUAAUGAAACUAUCCGCGAUUUACUUGUUGGCACUGAGGGCUCCGUAAAUUCGUCGAUCAGUGGAUCGCAAAACUCUUCAAAAAAGCAUGAAAUUCGUCACGAUCAUAGCAAUAACCGAACAAGCGUGACCGAUGUGGUAAAUGUGGUGGUUACUACACCCAAACAAGUAUUCCAUCUUUUAAAAAAGGCAGCUCAAAAUCGAGCCAUUGCAGCUACCAAUUGCAAUGAGCGAUCAUCUCGUAGUCAUAGUGUAUUCACGCUUCGUUUAACUGGCAGCAACAGUUUGACAGAAGAAACAAGCUAUGGUGUUCUCAACCUGAUUGACUUGGCUGGGUCUGAGCGGCUAUCCAGUUCUGGAUCUACAGGCGAACGACUAAAAGAAACUCAAGCCAUCAAUAAGAGCCUGAGCUGUUUAGGGGAUGUAGUUUUUGCAUUGUCGAACAAGGAAGCACAUAUUCCCUAUCGAAACUCCAAGUUGACGUAUCUACUUCAAAACUCACUUGGAGGAAAUAGCAAGACACUCAUGUUUGUCAAUAUGUCACCAACAGCAGAAAGCAUACCAGAAUCACUGUGUUCGUUGAGAUUUGCGACCAAAGUAAAUAGCUGUCAGAUUGGUACUGCUAGGCGACAAAUACAAACAUCAACCAAAUGA